AGAUGGAUUAAUGAUGACGUCGUCUGCAUCUGGAGGCUCGUCCAGCAAAGUGAAGGUGGCUGUUCGGGUGCGUCCAUUCAACAAACGAGAAAUUGAGUUGGAGACGGAAUGCGUGGUCAAAAUGGACGGAAAUUGUACUAUGUUAUUGGCUCCAAAUGUAAAUAAUAGAGACAAAAAUGACCGAGAUUUUUCUUCGACAGUUGUUUCGAUUCAAUAGACCCACUCUCUACCAACUACAGCGAUCAAGCGACAAUGUUCGAAGAUCUUGGACUGGAUCUCUUGGAGAACGCAUUCCAAGGGUACAAUGCAUGCAUAUUUGCAUACGGACAAACCGGCUCUGGAAAAAGUUACACUAUGAUGGGAUCCCAUUCGGCUGACUUAGGCAUUAUUCCGAGAUUGUGCCACGAACUGUUCUCUAAGAUAUGCUGUAACUCUAACGACUGUCUGCAGUUUAAGGUGGAGAUGUCCUAUAUGGAGAUAUACAAUGAAAAAGUGCAUGAUCUGCUGGAUCCACGGAGCGGGAAAUCCAAUCUAAAAGUGAGAGAGCACAAGAUUCUUGGACCGUAUGUAGAUGGACUGUCAAAAUUAGCAGUCACUUCGAGUGAGGAUAUCUAUGAUCUGAUUGAGGUCGGCAACAGGUCAAGAACAGUGGCUGCCACCAACAUGAACUCGGAGAGCUCCCGGUCACACGCGGUGUUCACUAUAUUCCUGUCACAACAGAUCACAAAUAAACAGAUGACCGGAGAGAAGGCGAGUAGAAUAAGUCUCGUAGACUUGGCUGGUUCAGAAAGAGCUACGAAAACAGGAGCAGCUGGCGACAGAUUGAAAGAGGGCAGCAAUAUCAACAAAUCUCUGACAACUCUUGGAUUGGUCAUCUCAGCCCUGGCGGAACAGGCAGCCAAUCAGGGAAGGAAAAAGCCGGUUUUUGUUCCCUACAGAGACUCGACCCUCACUUGGCUACUUAAAGACAGUUUGGGCGGGAACAGCAAGACAGUGAUGAUAGCGACGAUCAGUCCGUCGGCUGACAACUACGAUGAGUCCCUCUCUACACUGCGCUACGCAGACAGGGCGAAGAGGAUAGUAAACAAUGCUGUCAUCAAUGAAGAUCCGAACGCCAGGAUCAUUCGCGAGUUACGCGAAGAAGUAGAAAAGCUGAGACGCCAGCUGGCGGAGGCGCUGAGACGAAACCGGAAACCAAGUGUGAACUCGUCAAAUCUGGGCACAGAAACAGGCAGUGCGUCCAGAGACGAGUCAGGCAUAUUUGACAUGUUGGGCGGCGUUUGUGAUGGGGAACUGGCCAAUGCACUGAGAGACCAGUUGGCGGAGUCGGAGAGAUUGGUGGAGCAGAUGUCACUUAGUUGGGAGGAGAGAGUUGAGAUGUCGGAAGAAAUAUCCAAGAACCGACAAGAGACAAUGGGGUUGUCAAUGUCAGGGAAGAGUUCAGACGGAGAGUGGGAGGAGGAAACAGAAACUGAAUCACAGUCACGCAAACAGCAACCAGGUCCUCUAAAGAACAGGAGAAACAAGGUGGCAUUCAGCAACAGGAACUUCAUCGUCAACCUCAACUCUGACCCCUUCUUAAACGAGAUGCUCAUUUACCCGCUCAAGCGCUCUUUGUUAUCUAAUUUCGGUUGGAGUUUGUUUAAGGUGAUUGACUUCCAAUUACUCAACUACACAUUGGAGUUCUCGACAGGGGCCUUCUCUGAUCUGGAGAUCGAGUUCGUAUUCAAGCGGGAUCUUCUCUAUUUCAUCUUGCAGAGCUAUAUCCCCAGCACCUUGAUCGUCGUCUGCUCUUGGGUUGCAUUUUGGAUCAACCGGGAAGGUAUCCCCGGUCGAGCUUGUCUCUCAAUAACCACAGUUCUCAGUCUCAUUACACUCAUUGGAUCCACAAACGCCAAACUGCCCAACGUAUCUGCUGUCAAAGCCCUCGACGUCUACUUCGGGAUCUGCUUCGGAUACGUCUUUGGGGGACUCCUCGAAUUCGCAACUGUCAUCUAUCUGGGAUCCAAAGAGAAGAAAUUAGCUGCUCAGAUCAAAGAAAAACGGGAGAAGCAAAAAGAAUACCUGUCAACAAUCAACAGCAUAAGAAGCAUGAAUCUCAUCCAAGAUCUGGACCCUAUCCUUGCAACUGAGAUGCUUAAGGAAUCCGCGGUCGCCUCGUCGGUGGGAGUCCCGACAUCGCCGAUCGCAAAGAGCACUCUAGCUCUAACAGCUGAAGUCGGAUUGUCGUCAAGCACUCGGCUUCUUAGCCCGAUUACUAGUGCGGACAUAAUACAGCCACCGACUCAGAAGUUGUCCCGAUGGACAGCUUCCAGGAUCGAAGUAUACUCCCGAAUUUGGUUUCCAACCUCGUUUGUCACACUUUUCGCAUUCUACUGGUUCUACUAUUACGUCAUGAAAGCCGAUUACUACUUAAAGAAAGAAUAGAAAAACAUGAAAAAUGAAACGUUCUUUAUUAUUCGAUUAUUGUUUCUCCAAUUUACCAUAGAAAUUGGACUAUAAAAGAAUUUCACGAUAAAGAAAACUUUAAUUUGAAUGAAAAAGUUGCUAUGGUUAAUAAUUUAUCCUUUUGUAAUUGAUAGAAGUUCAAAA